GCGUUAGUUUAGUUUAGUUUGAUUGAUGUGUUAUAGUAGUAUUUUGCUUUGCUGAACCCUGUGGCGGAUUGGCAAUUAUCGAUUAAACAUAAGUGAAAUUAAAUCUGGGUAGUUAAUUGAGUUGUUAGGUUAAUAAUUUUCGUUGAUUAAAAUGAGUUAAAAACAGAGGAAUAUCCCUAAGUUUGAAUUGUUAUCACAUAUAUUGCUACUUUUUUUUAACAAAGAUGUAAGUGUUCUUCGUAAUCAUUAUCUCAAAUAGGCUCUGUGAAAGAGUAGAUUGUUAUCAUAGAUUCACCACUAAAGUUGAAUCUCUGUCGAGAGAAAAAAAUAAAACAAUGAGUGGAUAAAGUCAUCAUUUGCCAACGAAUUUCCUCAACUUUCUAGUCAUUAUAAUGCUCACUACAAGACAGCCGAUGGUGGGUCGGACUUUUGUACUGACCCUCGCUAUAGGCAUCACAUUCGGUUUCAUGUUCGCCUACAUCGUUCUCACCACCUCCACAUACCACAUCGGCGAGAUGGCAAUGUUUCCCGUCAGAGAACCAGAAAGGAUUGUGGGUGACCCUCACCAUCACAGCCACAUGGACAAUUUGCCAGAGCUGAAGGGAGAAGUGGGGUCACACGGUCAUGACGAGGAGUUCCAUAAAGAUGAAGAUCUCGUGGCAAGGGAGCUGUAUAACAAAGUGCGAGUGCUCUGCUGGAUCAUGACAUCCCCUGGGAACCAUCAGAAGAAAGCUCGCCAUGUCAAGGCCACCUGGGGGAAACGCUGCAACAUUCUCCUCUUCAUGAGCUCACAAAAUGAUACGACACUGCCUACGAUAGCGUUGCCUGUGGGAGAAGGAAGGGACAACUUGUGGGCGAAGACAAAGGAGGCAUUCAAGUACGUCUACCACCACUACCUGGACUCUGUGGACUGGUUCCUGAAAGCUGACGAUGACACAUACGUAGUAGUGGAGAAUCUGCGUUACAUGCUGUCAGAGCACAACUCGUCUGAGCCUGUGUACUUUGGCUGCCGAUUCCGACCUUACACCAAACAGGGCUACAUGAGUGGGGGAGCAGGAUACGUUUUGAGUAAAGAAGCAGUAAGGAGAUUCAUCGAAGAGGGUCUGCCUAACAAGAAGUUCUGUCGAGAAGACAACGGUGGUGCUGAGGAUGUGGAAAUGGGAAAAUGUUUGGAGCGAGUAAACGUGAGAGCGAUGGACUCUCGGGAUUCUCUGGGUCGAGGCCGAUUCUUCCCGUUUGUCCCAGAACACCAUUUGAUUCCGGGUCACUCAGAUCCAAACUUUUGGUAUUGGCAUUACAUAUAUUACCCGAGUCCUGAGGGACUUGACUGUUGUUCAGACAGUGCCAUAUCAUUCCAUUACGUCUCACCGAACCAGAUGUAUGUACUGGAAUAUCUCAUCUACCAUCUGCGGCCGUACGGCAUCAACCACUAUGUGAGACCUGGGCCGACACCCCACACCCCCCAGCCACAGCAGCUGUCAGCUGAUAACAGGUAGUGAUAAGAGGGGGACUCGCUCAUGUCUGUGCCAUACACUCUGCCGUGCUGUGUGUCAGUGUUAAUCUUCAUGUGUAGCUGUAGCUGUCAGCUCAAAGCUAGUUCCUUUUUUCUGUUUUUCGGCAUCUGCAAGGUAAUUGGAUUUUUAGUAUGAAACCAACAAAUUCAAACCUAGCAAUAAGCCAUAAUUACUACAAGUUAUGCGUAACAUUUCUAUUUUAUGCUAUUUAGUUUCUAAAACUUUUUGUUUUUCAGUUUAUAGUGAAACUGAAAAUAUUCAGUCUCUGGUCCAUUAAGUUAGCAACCAUCACUAUAGAAUUCAAUAAAGAACUACAUGUGGGCCAUAGAUACUUGACAAACAUUUAUUUAAACACAAAUUAUUAAUUUUAUGAGAAGUUAAAAUUAUUGUAUUAACGUAUUUAGUUGUUUACUUCUCAUAUAAAAUCGCUUCUAACAAUGUAUACAUUUUUAACUUCAACAUAGCCUCAAAACAGUGUUGUUGCAACAGGCAGCUGACUAACUACAACUAUAGUCAAAAUGAUACUGAGUAACAUUAUAGCCAGUGUCAAGUGACAUGGCUCACCUCGUAAUUUGUUUGGUUUUUAACUAAAUUUAAAUUAUAUGACAUAUAAUCUGAGCUCAUGAAUUCGGAUGGGUUCUAUUCAGUUCAAUUUUGAAUAUAAUAUAACCAUUUGUAUUAUUAUUUGUAAACGAAGUUCUUUCUUAAUAUGAAUUAAACUGUACAUAUCAAAGAAGUGUCAACAUGUUUAAGUGUACAGAGUUAACACUCCGUAUAGAAUGUUAAUUUAUUUAAAAUCCGCUUUAGUAUAUUGUUGUUUUUAUUUAAUUUUGUAGUUUUGUAUAUUGUGAUCGUUUUAACGCACAUUUACAAAAUUCUGUUAUUGUGAGUAAGCUUGUGAAAGAUUAACACUGAAAUGUGCUAUAUAGUCUAUAUUUGAAUGGUGCAUGUUUCUACAAGUUCAUUAAUAAUUAGGUGUACAUAUUGUUAGUCUAUGGAACAACUCUAAGUCUUUAAAAUAUUGUUAGCUUUUUACACAAUUAGUUACUGAAACGCAUUAGUUUUUAUUAUUUUAUGCAGUUUUGUUUUAAUUGUGAUAAUCAGGUAAGCAUUUACAAAAAUAAUAAAAGACAUUUUUGGUGUAAUCAAUUUGUGAGCAAUAAAACAUUUACAUGUAUGACUAACUUAUAAACAACAGUUGUCGGCAUCCCUUUUUAUUACACUCUCAGUUGUUAGACGUCCUAUUAUUAGGACGUGACAAAAAUUAUAAAAAAUACACACAUUUUAAUGUUAUAUUAUUUGUAAGAUGAUGCUAGUUUGAAAACGCUUAAUAGUGUAUAGUAUGAAAUAUUAGUAAUUAUAUCUAAAAUAUCUUAAUUUCUUUCUUUUUAUUGUUGAUUUGUUCGUACAUGUUUAACAGAUAAAACUACAUCUUUAAUAAUUAGGUAUAUUUAGGCUCGACGUAUUCAAUUCAGACUUGGCUCAGUUGUUAGUCUAAGUUUAAAAAGAUUGCAAAAAUAUGUCAAGUUUAAAAUGCAACCAUUUUUUUAAACUUUUAUUUUAAACUUCAAUUUAAAAAUCUUAUGCAACUGUUAUUCCACUUCUACUUCUAAAUAGAAUAUAGGUGUAGUUUUUAUUAAAGAAUGAUCUUAGAUCUCAUCUCUUAAAAUUGCUUCACAGAAUCUUAUAUUAAAUUUUGACAAACCUAAAUAGAAUUAUGGGCUCUUAAGAGUUUUUAAAUGAAGUAAGCUUAAUAAAAACUGUGAAAAUGACAAAAGUAUGUGUGACAAAAAUGUUAUUGUAUGUGUUAGGAACAAAAGUAAAAUUUGAUGUAACAGUUUAUUUACAAUUGGCAAUACCUGCACUGUCAUACAAAAAAACCUUAUAUAAAUACAUGCAGUUUAAUUACAAAAUAUAUGUGUUUGUUAAUUUAAAGAAAAGUGUUUUUGCCGUUUUUUGUUUACACUCUUAAAAAUAUAAAUAUUAACUCUUUUCUUUUUCAUCUAGUAAUUCACAUUAUAAUGUAUAGCAAGAAUCUAUAGACAAACGUAGAUAGCAGCCAUAUUGAGACAAUAUAUAAUUUAAAGCUAAGCAUUAAUGCAAUUACAAGGAAACACCAACAUCCAGGAAUUCUAGUUGGAAGUGUUAAUAUUUCUUAUUGAAUUCAAUGGAAAAUAACUGAAAAAGUAAUUUUUAUUGUUAAAAUAAACAUUAACAAUCUGUAUAUUUAUUAAAAUCUUUGUAUACAGUAGCAGUAUGUAAGGGGUUUUCCCCUCUCUCACUAAACACUUCUAUCCCGCGGGAAAACCCACCUCCGCACUAGUCUUUUGUAAGGGGAUUCUAUCCUGGGUCACUAAACUAAAAUGAGAAACACAGUUUAAGUGAAACACUGGUCUGCUUUAUUACAUCUAUCCCCAGUCUAUGUACACUAUAUACAAAUGAGC